AUGUCAUUACUUUCUAAAAUUAUUCCUUCAUUAGUAUCAUCUAAUUUUGUAGUAAGAAGAAUGACACAAACAUCAAUAAAUAGAUGUAAUCUUGUAGCUGUCCUCCAACUAACCAGUACCCAUGACAUGGAAGAUAAUUAUAAAAUAUGUAAAGAUAUGAUAAUAAGAGCAAAAAAAAGAGGUGCUGCAAUGGUAUUUUUACCUGAGUGUUUUGAUUAUGUUGGUCGUAAUAAGGAUGAAACAAUAAAUAUGGCUAUUGAUAUUAAUGGUGAAUAUAUUGGAAGAUUUAGAAAAUUAGCUAAAGAAAAUGAUAUAUGGUUAAGUUUAGGUGGUUUUCAUCAAGUUGAUCCAAAUAAAAAAGUUCUUCCUUUUAAUAAUCAUUGUAUAAUUGAUAAUGAAGGAAUCACAAGAGGUGAAUAUCAAAAGUUACAUCUUUUUGAUCUUGAAAUUCCUGGAAAAGUUAAAUUACUUGAGUCUGAGUUUAACUCAGCCGGUAAAACUAUUCCAUUACCAGUUGAAACACCUAUUGGAAAAGUUGCUAUGAAUAUUUGUUAUGAUGUAAGAUUUCCUGAAUUAGGAUUAAUUCAUAGAAAAAAUGGUGCUGAAAUAUUAACAUAUCCUUCAGCUUUUACAGUACCAACAGGUUUAGCACAUUGGGAAAGUCUUUUACGUGCUCGGGCAAUAGAAACACAAUCAUAUGUAAUAGCUGCUGCACAAACUGGAUCACAUAAUCCUAAACGUUCCUCAUACGGUCAUGCUAUGAUUGUCGAUCCAUGGGGUGCUGUUAUUGGGCAAGCUUCAGAUACUGUUGAUAUAUGUUUUGGUGAAAUAAAUUUAGAUUAUCUACAAAAAGUUCGUCAAAAUCAACCUGUAUUUGAUCAUCGUCGUAAAGAUAUCUAUAUGAGUAAAUAUACUUAUGCAUUUGUCAAUAUUAGGCCAAUUGUUAAAGGCCAUGUUUUAAUAUGUCCUAUUAGAUAUGUAAAAAGGCUUAGUGAUUUAACAGAUGAAGAGACUUGUGAUAUAUUUUUAGUAGCAAAAAAAAUUCAAACAGCAUUAGAAAAAUAUUUAAACAGUACUGCUUGUACAAUAUCUUGUCAAGAUGGUAUUGAUGCAGGACAAAGUGUGGAGCAUGUUCAUAUACAUAUUUUACCUAGAAAUAAAGAUGAUUUUGGAGAUACUCCAGAUGCUAUAUAUAAAGAAAUUCUUGAACAUGAUAAAGAUGGUAGAGUUGGAAGAAGUGAUGAGGAGAUGUCUCGUGAAGCAGAUGAAUUUAGAAAACUUUUUUAUACUUCUUAG